AUGGAGUGGGUGAACCCCUCGGGGAGACUGAAGCCCAACAGAUGGAGCCAAGCGGUGCCAGAGGGGCGCAGCAGCUGCUUCAGGUGCCCUGCUCCAGGAUGUGAGCUCAUAGAGACCCCAAAUCAAGAUUUAACAGACUUCACCAAAUGUCUUCAGAUACUCCAGCAGAGGAUAGUGAAGAAAGGCUUACAGUAUAGUGGUGAAAGGCAAGAAUUUGGUCACAGGAGAACUGAGAGAAGUAUAGACUCCUCCUACUCUUUUCGCCUUGAAGCCACUUUGGGCCUUUUUGAAUACUUGGCUGUAUUGAGAGCAUGUGCUGAUGGAGGUGCUAAUCACUUGUAUCGCAUCACAGAAGGAAAUCGUGAAAGUUUUUUGCCUGAUUUUAUCAGUGGGGACUUUGACUCUAUUAUGCCCGAAGUAAAGGAGUAUUACACAGUCAAGGGAUGUGAGCUCAUAGAGACCCCAAAUCAAGAUUUAACAGACUUCACCAAAUGUCUUCAGAUACUCCAGCAGAGGAUAGUGAAGAAAGGCUUACAGAUUGAUGUGAUUAUAACUUUGGGUGGACUUGAAGGUCGAUUUGACCAAAUCAUGGCAACUGUGGAGACUCUCUUUCAUGGAAUUAAGAUAACACCCUUUCCCAUCGUAGUAAUUCAGGAGAGGUCCCUGAUAUACCUGCUGCAACCUGGAAAGCAUAAAUUGCAUGUAAACACAGGACUAGAAGGCAAAUGGUGUGGCCUCAUUCCUAUUGGGAGCGCUUGUGAUUGUGUUACUACAACAGGCCUAAAAUGGAACCUUGAUGGAAACAUUCUCAAGUUUGGGACACUUGUCAGCACUUCAAACACAUAUGACGGCUCUGGGGUAGUGACCAUUGAAACCGACAAGCCUUUGCUUUGGACAAUGGGCAUCCAAGAAAAAGAAAGUGCUUAAGAGGUUACCACUGCUACUUUUGUUCAGAGCCUUAAACUGAAAUCUCCCGCAGGCCUUCAACUAAUAAUGCAAAUAGAAUUGUGUGACUGACCUUACAAGAUCAUUGUACAUUUUGUCAUGAAUUUUACACACUUGUCUUAGUUUGCCACAUCAGCUACAGGCAUUUUAAGAAAUCUCUUCUUGUGGGAACAAUUUUGUAUUUUUUAAAAAUGUGUUUGAUUGAAUAUAUACAUGUGAAGUUGCUUUUUAAGGUUUUGAAGGGGAAAGCUUAUAAGCCAAAAUAGAUUUUACUAAUACACUAUGCCUUCAAUAAAUGUAACGUGAUUUGCCACUAGCCUAGAAAUAAAUAGGACCUUCCUGAGACCCUUUCCACAAGUUACAAUACCAGUAGAACUAUGCAUAUAUCCUCCACUGUACACAUAUAUUUAUAUGUGUGUUUGCACACAUACUAGCAAGUAGUGCAAGAAGGAAGACUGGGAUGUACCUUCUGUAGUUUAUGUGCAUACACAUACACAGUCAGGGCGCAAGAGACUUCCACUCCCAUAAAGCUAUGGUGUGUGACUCUUUACUCCUAAACGCUGCUACUACAGUUCUUUCCAUCUCUUAUCCAUUGCCAGACUUUAUGUCAUUAUGAUGUAGAGGAAAUGUACAGCACGCAAAAUGCUCUUUCAGUGCAAGCAGAGAUCAAGCUCUUGUGCUUGAAUGAAAAGGUAAAGAGAAAACAAAGGAAGGCAUGCCUCCUAUUUCAAAUAUCCAUAUGGGAAACUUUGAAAUUACUUGUAAAUGAGGUUGUCAGCAUAACACAUGACAAUGUGUAUGUCAAUGAGAAAAUAAUUGGUCUAGUGCAAAUCCCAUUAAAUUGUCAAUGUAUACAUUAUGUAUAAGUUUUUUAACUUGUCUAGUGUGGGAUUGUUAGCCGCCUUAAGUCCCCACAGGGAGAAAGGUGGACGUAAAUAAUAAUAAUAAUAAUAAUAAUAAUAAGCGCCCCUUUGCUUAAAUCUGUAUGGACCACUGUAACACAUUUUUAGAUACUGCUUAUCAUACUUGCUAAAGUUGUAACUGUGUUUUUAAAAAGGGAAUAUAACCUAAUGUCAUGUGUUAUGCUAAUUCAUUUUUUUAAAUGUUAAUGUUGCUUUUGUUAUGGACAACAUAUGGAAGAGCAAAGAACUCAGUCUGUUUGAAAUUUUAAGUCAAACAUCAGAAAAGAAAUGAAAGUCAGAUCAGUUCAGUAGUUAACAUAACUAAGAUGGUACACAAAACUUCUGAUGUCUAAGCUUAUGUAUUCCAGUAAAACACUCAGAAUAUUUGAACUCUGAUGAUUCCCUGAAGAAAUGGGACACUGCAGCAGACAUCACUGGUCCUUACGUCAAGAUUUACACCAGAUAUCCCUCCCCCCAAUGCUUUGUACUACAAUUUGUACAAAAAAGAAUAAGAGAUCACAGAAUGUAUCAAGAUGUGCUUGUAUUAACUAAACAGAAUGCCGCAACAGUUGUUCUUUAAAAACUGGUUUAUACUGACAAACAAUAAAAGAUGAUUUAAAGCCAGAAA